AUGGACAUCAAGUUCGCAGACGUCCCGAACGGCCUUGCGGCCAUCAGCAAGGUGCCUGUGGCAGGCUGGGCGCAGAUUUUGGCCUACAUGUCCUUCUGCGAGAUCUCUCAGAAGCAGGACCCCGGUACCAAGCCUUACGACGGGGACUUCGGCUGGAAGGUGCUCACCUCCGACGAUCCGGAGAUCAAGAAGAAGAAGUUGAACUCCGAGCUUGCCAACGGCCGCCUGGCCAUGGUGGGCAUCAUUGGCCUCUUCUUCCAGGAUGGAAUCACUGGAUCCCCCUGGGGCUACUGGGCCGGCAACCCCAGCUCCUUCUGGAAGGCGUUCGAGAGCGAGCUCGGCGUGCAGGCGCCCGUGGGUUUCUGGGACCCCGCCGGCCUUAGUGCGGACGGCAGCGUGGAGAACUUCCAGCGCCGGCGUGCCACGGAGCUCAAACACGGACGCAUUGCGAUGUUGGCCACGAUGGGCUACAUUACCCCGGAGAUCACGGGCAAGUUCCCGGGCUACUUGAGCCCAUCUGCUGGACUGAAAUUCGCGGAUGUGCCUAAUGGCCUGGCAGCACUCUCCAAGGUUCCUCAGGCUGGUUGGGGCCAGAUCCUGCUGUACAUGGCCUAUUGCGAGGCCUCCCAGACGCAGGAGCCGGGCACCGCGGCCUACGCGGGAGACUUCGGCUUCAAGGUGCUCACUUCCAGCGACCCGGCCGAGAAGACCAAGAAGCUGAGCGCGGAGUUGGCUAACGGCCGACUGGCAAUGAUGGCCAUUAUCGGCAUGUUCUUCCAGGAUGGUUUGACUGGCAGCGCUUGGGGUGACUGGGCCAACUACACCGCCUCUCCGCUGCGCGCCUUCGAGAAUGAGCUCGGCGUCCAGGAUCCUGUCGGCUUUUGGGAUCCCGCCGGUUUCACGGCCGACGGAAGCGUGGAGGACUUCAAGCGUCGCCGCCAGACUGAGAUCAAGCACGGCCGCAUCGCGAUGCUCGCGGCAAUGGGAUACAUUACCCCUGAGAUCACGGGCAAGUUCCCUGGUUAUCUGUCCCCAUCAGCAGGCUUGAAAUUCGCCGAUGUCCCCAAUGGAUUGGCCGCAAUUUCCAAGGUUCCCGCCGCAGGCUGGGGACAGAUCUUGGCGUACAUGGCGUUCUGCGAGGUCUCCCAGGAUCAGUCCGCCGGAACUCCGGCCGCAGCCGGUGACUUCGGCUUCAAGGUCUUGACCUCCAGCGACCCUGCUGAGAAGACUAAGAAGUUGUCAGCAGAGUUGGCCAACGGAAGGCUUGCGAUGAUGGCCAUCAUUGGCAUGUUCUUCCAGGAUGGCUUGACUGGCAGCGCUUGGGGUGACUGGGCCAACUACACUGCCUCUCCGCUGCGUGCCUUCGAGAAUGAGCUCGGCGUCCAGGAUCCUGUCGGCUUUUGGGAUCCCGCCGGUUUUACGGCCGAUGGAAGCGUGGAGGACUUCAAGCGUCGCCGCCAGACUGAGAUCAAGCACGGCCGCAUCGCGAUGCUCGCGGCAAUGGGAUACAUUACCCCUGAGAUCACGGGCAAGUUCCCUGGUUAUCUGUCCCCAUCAGCAGGCUUGAAAUUCGCCGAUGUCCCCAAUGGAUUGGCCGCAAUUUCCAAGGUUCCCGCCGCAGGCUGGGGACAGAUCUUGGCGUACAUGGCUUUCUGCGAGGUCUCCCAGGAUCAGUCCGCCGGAACUCCGGCCGCAGCCGGUGACUUCGGCUUCAAGGUCUUGACCUCCAGCGACCCUGCUGAGAAGACUAAGAAGUUGUCAGCAGAGUUGGCCAACGGAAGGCUUGCGAUGAUGGCCAUCAUUGGCAUGUUCUUCCAGGAUGGCUUGACUGGCAGCGCUUGGGGUGACUGGGCCAACUACACCGCCUCUCCGCUGCGUGCCUUCGAGAAUGAGCUCGGCGUCCAGGAUCCUGUCGGCUUUUGGGAUCCCGCCGGUUUUACGGCCGAUGGAAGCGUGGAGGACUUCAAGCGUCGCCGCCAGACUGAGAUCAAGCACGGCCGCAUCGCGAUGCUCGCGGCAAUGGGAUACAUUACCCCUGAGAUCACGGGCAAGUUCCCUGGUUAUCUGUCCCCAUCAGCAGGCUUGAAAUUCGCCGAUGUCCCCAAUGGAUUGGCCGCAAUUUCCAAGGUUCCCGCCGCAGGCUGGGGACAGAUCUUGGCGUACAUGGCGUUCUGCGAGGUCUCCCAGGAUCAGUCCGCCGGAACUCCGGCCGCAGCCGGUGACUUCGGCUUCAAGGUCUUGACCUCCAGCGACCCUGCUGAGAAGACUAAGAAGUUGUCAGCAGAGUUGGCCAACGGAAGGCUUGCGAUGAUGGCCAUCAUUGGCAUGUUCUUCCAGGACGGUUUGACCGGCAGCGCCUGGGGUGACUGGGCCAACUACACGGCGUCGCCGCUCCGAGCCGAGCCCGUGUCCGCGGCCGCGGCUGCGGCCGCAGCCAAGGCCGCAGCAGCCAAGGCCGGCGCGAGCGCGGGAGCGAAGACCGCCGCGGCCACCACGGGCAUCGGCGCCGGCACCGGCAAGUCCCUGAGCGGUGAGGGCGAGGAGGUCCCCCCCGAGCCCACUUUCGACCCGGCCACCGAGGUGGGCGUGACCGAGCCCUUCGGAUACUUCGACCCGGCUGGCUUCUGCAAGAAGGGCGACAAGGCCGGCUUCCGCAACUUGCGAGCGGCCGAGAUUAAGCAUGGCAGGGUUGCGAUGAUGGCCGCGGUGGGUGCCGUCGUUCAGCACUACGUGAAGUUCCCGGGCUUCGACAGCGUGCCUGCCGGACUCGGCGCCGUGGAGGUCCCGCCGGGCACCUAUGGCUUCGCGGCGCUCUUCGCGGUCUCGGGCUUGCUGGAGCUGGGCGCCUGGACUGAGGACCCCUCCAAGGAGCCGGGCAACUUCGGCGACCCCGCGGGCCUGGGCCAGUACACGCUGGAGAUGCGCAACCGCGAGAUCAACAACGGCCGCAUGGCCAUGUUCGCAGCCAUCGGCAUCAUCGCCGCCAACGUCUACACGGGCAAGGACGCCAUCGAGCAGUUCGGCCUUGCGUGA